AUGAACUUGAUAAUACUUUUGGCCCUCGGCAUCGGACUCUUGAUUCUUCACUGGAUCUCCCAAUUCAUCUCCCGACGCCAACAAGCCAAAGCAUGGAAUUGUAAACCACCACGCCGGGGUUCCCCCGGCCUUCUUGGAAUACCGCACUUCCUCAGGCUCACCAAGGCUGCCCGGGAAAAUACCUGGAUUGACUAUUUGGCAGAUGAGCAUGCUCGCUACGGGACCACCUACCAGCAAGAGCUGCUAUCCCAGCAACUGAUCCUCACCAUCGAUCCAGAGAAUAUCAAAACAGUCCUCGCCACUCAAUUCAAAGACUUCUGUCUAGGAUCUCGUCGCGGCCAGUUAUACCCCUUAGUGGGAGAUGGCAUCUUCACCCUCGAUGGCGCAGGCUGGGCGCAUGCCCGUGGCUUGCUGCGUCCUCAAUUCUCCCGCGAACAAGUCACCGAUCUCUCCAUGCUGGAUGAUCAUAUCUCCCAUUUGUUCGAUCUGAUCCCGAAAGACCGCUCUGUCUUUGAUAUCCAGCGCCUGCUCUUCAUGUUUACCUUAGAUUCUGCAACGCAUUUUCUCUUCGGCGAGUCCGUGGGCUGCAUGCUUCCUCCGUCCGAGACUUCGAAUGUCCUGGAGAAGUCCGCAGUUGGCAGUGCGAAAGGUUUUGCAGAUGCUUUCGAGCUCGCGCAGGAUUAUGUGGGUAAGCGCGCUCGUUUGCAGGGCUUCUACUGGUCAAUCAACCCCAAGGAAUUCCAGGAAGCGAACAAGAAGAUCCAUGAGGUCGUUGAUCACUAUGUCCGGAUGGCCUUGGAGUCGAAACGGAACCCCGACACCGCGGAUGAGCGGUACAUCUUCCUCCGGGCGUUGGCGGCCGAGACUGACGAUCCCAAGAUGCUGCGAGACAGUAUGAUGAACAUCUUGCUGGCGGGACGAGAUACCACGUCCAGUCUCUUGAGUUCAACUUUCUUCUACCUGUCUAGACAUCAGAAUGUCUGGAAUCGACUACGCGGAGAGAUCAUCAAGGUAUUUGGAGAUGCAGAGAGUCAAACAGAAAUCACCCAUGCGAAGCUCAAGGACAUUCCCUAUUUGCGAUAUGUCUUAAACGAAGUCCUUCGUAUCCAACCGCCUGUUCCAGUGAACUUCCGCGUUGCAGCAAAAGAUACAUCCCUGCCAGUUGGGGGAGGAGAAGAUGGCCAUUCCCCAAUAUUUAUCCACAAAGGGCAGCACGUUGUUUUCAAUUUCUUUGCCAUGCAUCGCCGCCCGGAUAUGUGGGGAGAAGAUGCAAAGAUCUUCCGACCUGAACGCUGGGAGGAGAAUCACAGACACGGCUGGGGAUACCUUCCUUUCGGCGGUGGGCCGCGUAUCUGUAUCGGUCAGCAAUAUUCUCUCACCGAGGCCAGCUACACUAUGGUUCGUCUCAUGCAGCACUUUGAUACUCUCGAAAAUGCCGACCCGCAUCCUCGACAAGAGCCCAUCAAAUUGUCUAAUAUAUCGAUGUCCCAUGAUCUUGGUGUGCCGAUCCGACUGUAUUCAUCAAAGCAGGCUUUAUAA